UGCCUCCCGGGAGCCGUCAGGUGAUUAGCGGACUUAGUGUUAAGCUUGCCCGUGCCUCGACCAGGGCUUCCGUGCCGCUUCCCCUCACCUGGCCUCCCCCACCUCCCCAACCCCAGACCGCCUGGAAACUCAUACGUAACCAAGUGCUGUCCGUUCAGGUGCUGUGCAGCAGUCCGUCGUGGCUGCAGGAAAGGCUAGCGAUAGGGGGUCUGCGGACCUGCCCGGUGCGAACGCGUCAGCUUCAGCCUCAUCGUCCGGACCCCCUUCUAAUACCGCGAUGCUGAGUCCACGCGCUGCUGCAUUCAGUGUUCAGGCACUGCUCACGGGACCUGAGGAAAAUGAGAAGGGUCGACCGCCCACGGGAGCAAAGGCGAAAAAUAGUGAAGAUGUGACUUCCGAAGAAGUCCUCGAAGACUCAAAAAGCACACCUUCUGAGGCAGAAGAGGCUGUGGCCUCACGUCUUCUACACGUGGAGGACUCCACGAGAAGAGAGAAGACUCCGCCGUGGGAAGCUCGUGAUGCUAGGAGCAACAAUGAAGCGCCCUCUCCUGCUGGUGGUGAAAGUGCAGACGACGAGGACCUGUUGGUGGACGUCGAGGACUGCAGCACGCCCAGUCCCCAGCAGUCCUGCGCCUCUCCUGGCCCGGCGAGGUGUCGGACGCCCUUGCACAACUCCACUGACAAUCCUGUGUGUCUGCUGCCCGCCCAGCAUUUCCUAUCAGAGCCUUUCUCUCCAGCGCCGCCUUCAGGAGCUACAGAAUGGCAGAUGCUAACCCAAAUGCCAAAUCUACGGUGGGCAGGGCAGGAAGGAACGGAGAACCGGUGUGAGGGCGUGGGCAUCCAGCUGCUGCAGAGAGACCUGUGGGCCAAGUUUCACAGCCUCACCACAGAGAUGAUCAUUACUAAAAACGGCAGGCGGAUGUUCCCGGUAGUCAAGGUGCGCCUGCGAGGCCUGGACCCAGAGAGAACCUACGCCGUGUUCCUGGACAUGGCAGCUGUCGACACUCGCCGCUACCGCUACGUGUACCCCAGCUCACGGUGGAUGGUGGCGGGCACGGGAGAGCCGCUGGGUGAACAGACGCCCUACAUCCACCCAGACUCUCCCGCCACGGGGGUGCAGUGGAUGGCCACCCCUGCCAUCGCCUUCGACAGGUUGAAGCUCACUAACAACAAGACUCGUGAGGCGCAGGGACAGAUCGUACUCCACUCCAUGCAGAAGUAUGUGCCGCGGGUGUGGGUGCAGGAGGUGCCUUCAGGAGCGAGCUGGGCGGACCUGCCUCGCCUCCUUGACACCUCCAUGGCCAACUGUGCCUUCUUCCGCGAGACCUCCUUCAUUACGGUCACAGCCUACCAGAACCAGCAGAUCACGCGGCUCAAGAUCGAGAGUAACCCGUUCGCCAAAGGCUUCAGGGACACGUCCAAACAGAAGGAACUGGAGCGGCGCGGCGUGACGGUGGGCCGCGGGCGUGAGGGAAGCAGCACGCCGCCCUCGCCCCUAGUGCUGCCUCUCAGUGCGUCCUCUCCCCAACAGUUUCACUUCGGGUCUCCCCUCAGUGCCCUCUCCCGCCCCUUUCCCUUCACCGGGGGCUUAUCUCCUCCCGUGUCACCCCUUCUCCUGCCCCCAACACACUGGCUCGGCACUCUUAAAGGCGCAGAUCCCCCGUGGCUGUCCUCCCCGACCAGUCCCCUGCUCCAGACCUCACAACCGUCCGCUCUUCCCUUCCUCCUACCGUCCUUCCUCCCUGCUCUUCACUCCCAGCUGCCCCGCGCCCUGGACCUCUCCAAACCCAAAGAUGACACGUGACCUGCCCUUCCAGUAGCAUCCUGCCGCCUCUGGACCGUCCCUUCCUUUGUACAAAUUGUGUUUGGGUGGAAAAUGGAGUUCUUUUUUCGUUUUGCUC